UUUCAACACUCUUAUCGUCAUCGACAACAUCACCAGCAUCUGAUCAACAAUUAUUUGAACAUAAAACAUAUUGUCAUGUCUUCGAUAAUUGUAAACAAGAUGGGAAAACAGUUGUUAGUAUUCUUCGGGAUGUUCUUCUUCGAUUAAAAUCAUCAAAUCCUGAAAUUGAAUUUGCAUACAUACGUGCAGGAAAAGGGCCAUGCGAUCGUAUGGCUGCAACUAUUAAAUGUAAUAUUCGUCGUUACGUUGAUGAAAAACCCAAUUGUACAAAUAGCCAAGAAUUUGUUGUGGCGGCACGUUCCACAAAAUAUUUAUCAAUUUAUCAGAGUUUAAUUCCGUCCAAUCCAAUAACAGCAUCAAAUCGAAAACUUGAAAAAGCAACGUCAAGUUCAGUAGAAGAUAUUGAAGUUACAGUUUGGAGAGCGUGGAAUGUUGGAUAUGGUAAAACGUUUUUAUGGUCAAAAAUGAAUACAGUUCAACAAAUAUCACCUCUUCAUGUUGUUGAACAAAAUUCAAAACCUAGUCAUACUUGGUUAUCCGAAAAAGCGAGUGAUGAUAAUGAUUCAAAUGCUUCACCAAAAGGAAAUGUUAAUUUAAGUGAUUCAGCACAAGUUAACAAUUCCGGCUUCGUGACAUUUGAUUGUGAAGAAGAACGCUGCACAAAACAAUUUAUGAGACUUGGUAAUUUAACGAUACAUAUGACAACAGGCAAGCAUGAUAUUGAACAGAAAAAAUAUUCAUUAUUAGACAAAUCAAAAUUAUUGUAUAAACAAAAAUUAGAAAAUGUUACAUUGCAAGCUAUUCCGAAUUUACAAAAUUUCAAAGUAAUCCGAUCAGCAACAAAUAAACAACAUUAA